UUAUUUAGAUUAAAAUAAAAAAAUGGCAGACAGAAAGGCAGAAUUGGAACGGAAAAAAAAAAGAUUGGAAGAAAUUCGAGCUGCCAGAAGUAAAAAGACUGGUUCCAGUCCAAUUGCCACUAAAAUGCCAUUGGGUGAAACAGCAUCUUCAACAUUCAGUGACACUGCCAGUACUACAAAUGAAAUUGAUAACAUUUUAAAAGAUUUUGAUUUACCCUCUACCCCUUCAGUAUCUUCCUAUGGUGCAUCAGACACUCACUCUGUUGAUUCAGACAGUAAGCCAACCUCACCACCUCCUGCUCGUAAAGCAGUAAAUUUAUCAAUGUGCACUCGUGAGCCUGUCAAUGUCCCACCAAAGGAGUUGGUGCACUACGAGAAACAAACACAGACAAUUGCAGUAGAAAUAAAAUCUGAAGAACCUGAACUUCCAGUAGUCAAAAGGGUUGAAGAAACAAAGGAGCCAAACAUACAAGAAGAAAAAGACAAGAAGAAAGAAGAAAGUGCUCCGAAAAUGGUGGAACUUAGUGAAGAGGCUCGUAAUAAAAUUAUACACUCCCAAGAUUUUGUCCACUUUUUCGAUCAUGCUGCCCGUAUUAUUGAGAAAGCAAUUUACGAGGAAGACUUCGCAUUCGAUUAUGGUGCUGCCACUGAUGAAGGAGAAGGAGAUUCGCUGACUGCAAAAAAAUUAGCAUUAAAUCGCAAGUUUUGUGAUGAAAGAUGGUCCAAGCACAGAUGUGUAACAUGCAUGGAUUGGUCUGUUCAGCAUUCAGAACUUUUAGUCGCUUCUUACAAUCAAAAUGAAGACUCUCCACAAGAUCCAGAUGGGAUUGCUUUGAUUUGGAAUAUGAAGUAUCAUAAGCAUACGCCAGAGUACAUCUUUCAUAAUCAGUCGCCAAUUAUGUCUGUUUGUUUCGCCCAAUUUCAUCCAAAUCUUUUGGUGGGUGGUUCAUACUCUGGUCAAAUUGUUCUGUGGGAUAACAGAAGUCGAAAACGAACUCCCGUCCAAAAGACACCACUGUCGGCUGCUGCUCAUACACAUCCUGUCUACUGCGUUGAAGUUGUGGGCACGCAAAACGCACACAAUUUAAUCAGCUUCUCAACUGAUGGUAAAAUGUGUUCAUGGAGUUUAGAUAUGUUGUCUCAACCGCAAGACGUGAUGGAUUUACAGCACACUCAUUCAAAAGCGGUGUCUGUAACAAGUGCUUCCUUUCUACCUGGUGACGUCAAUAAUUUUGUUGUUGGAAGCGAAGAUGGAUCUGUGUACUCAGCCUUACGUCAUGGAAGUAAAGCUGGUAUUGCUGAACAAUUUGAAGGUCACCAUGGUCCAGUUACAGCAAUCGAUUAUAACGCUGUUCCUGGAGCGAUCGAUUUUUCCCACCUUUUUUUAACCAGCUCAUUUGAUUGGACGAUCAAGUUGUGGAGUAACAAAAGUUCAAAAGUGCUGUAUUCAUUUGAAGACAAUGGCGAUUACGUGUACGAUGUUCAGUGGUCGCCUAUUCAUCCUGCUCUCUUCGCAUCUGUUGAUGGCAUGGGAAAGUUGGAUUUAUGGAAUCUCAACCAUGACACUGAGGUCCCAACCACAAGCGUUACUGUUGAACCGUUAGCAGCUAUUAACCGCGUCAAAUGGGCAGGAUCUGGGCACCAGCUAGCUGCGGGUGAUGAUGACGGAUGCAUAUACAUCUAUGAUGUCGGCGAGCAACUUGCUGUUCCUCGACCUGAAGAAUGGAAUCGACUGGUAGGUACGCUGCAAGAGCUACAAGCUAACGCUAUCACUGUCGGUGAAUCCGAGAGGUCGUUGUCACCCACAUCCAGCUUAACUUCUAAUUUAAUCUCGCCCUCAAGAACAUAGAAAUUGCUAAAGUUACAUAUAAUUGCCAAUUUGGUGGCGGAUAAAUUAUUUAUUUAAAACCCAUGAGUAGAAUUUUGCAGAAACUGUUUGUGCCAAGUAAAGUACCAUACCUGAAAAGCGCUCCAAAUUUCUUGGUUUGAACAACAACAUGGUAUGAUCAAUAAUUGUAAACGUGUCACGCACGAUUUUUUAGCAUUGUUUUAUUUACGUGCAAAUUAAUAUUUUCCAGUGGUAUGUAGCAUUAUUCAUAUUUGUAUGAUUUUUUUUCUCGCUUGUCGUCUUGAACAGGAGAAAAAAAUAUAUUGCCCGAGUUAUCACAAAAAUUUAAUAAUUUUGACUUGAAUAUCUUACUUUUUAUUUUGUGAAUUAAAUAGUCCAGUUGUUUAUUAAAAUUGAUGUAUUACUACCGUGACAACUUUUCACA